ACCCGUCGCUUGCUAUCCUCAGAAACCCUAGCCCCCAUUGUUAUAUAUACUUUUUGAGCCUCCAUUAUAUACUCUCCGUGGCUUGCAAAAACGAAGGCAGUCCCUCGCGGCGGGAGAGAGAGCGGAGAGAGGAACGAAGAUGGUGUCGGGAUCUGGGAUCUGCGCUAAAGUAGUCGUGGUAGAUGCAAGAAACCACAUGCUGGGACGAUUAGCGAGCAUCGUGUCGAAAGAGUUGUUGAAUGGACAGAAGGUGGUGGUUGUGAGAUGCGAGGAAAUUUGCAUGUCCGGUGGACUUGUAAGGCAGAAGAUGAAGUACUUGCGAUUCCUUCGCAAACGUAUGAAUACCAAGCCCUCUCAUGGCCCCAUCCACUUCCGUGCCCCUUCAAAGAUCUUCUGGCGCACCAUCCGCGGAAUGAUUCCACACAAGACUAAGCGUGGAGAGGCUGCACUUGCCCGAUUGAAGGCCUAUGAGGGUGUCCCUCCUCCAUAUGACAAGAUUAAGAAGAUGGUCAUUCCUGAUGCUCUGAAGGUAUUGAGGCUUCAGAAAGGUCACAAGUACUGCUUGUUGGGACGGCUGUCGUCUGAGGUCGGAUGGAACCAUUAUGACACCAUCAGGGAUUUGGAGAACAAGAGAAAAGAGAGGGCGAAGGUUGCAUAUGACAGGAAGAAGCAGCUGAACAAACUUAGGGUGAAGGCUGAGAAGGCUGCAGAGGAGAAGCUUGGUUCACAACUGGAUAUACUUGCCCCUGUCAAGUAUUGAAUUUUGUUGAGGAUUAAGCCAUAGUGAAUCUUUUUAAGUUACUUUAUUUUCAAAGCUUAGAAUAUGAGUAUCUGGUGAGACAUAAGAACAGUUGUGCUCCUUUUGGGUGUAGUAUGAUUUGGUUAUUCUUAUUGUUUUUGUUAUUGACUGAUGUGCUCACUUCAUAGAAUUUCUGUGCCUCCAUGAGAUUGUGUCUAGUUACACCUUUUUGUGAAUUCAGAGCUGCUAUUUUUAAUAG